CAGCCUUGCACUAAGAUGCGGGAAGCCAAACUACCCUCCUUUUCCAACUAUGGACUGCAGUGGUGUUUCAAGCAGCUAGGAAAGGAAGAAUUUCAGACAUUUAAGGAAUUGCUCAUGGAAAAUGCUUCAGAACUGGCAAUGUGCUCUUUUCCGUGGGUUGAAGUAAACAGUGCCAAUGUGGAACAUCUAGCCUCCCUGUUGCAUGAGCAUUAUAGAGAAUCUCUUGCCUGGAAAAUAUCUAUUCACAUCUUUGAAAAGAUGAACCUGUCCAUACUCUCUGAGAAGGCAAGGAAAGAGAUGAAAAGAUAUUCACUGGCUGAAAUGCCAGAAAAUUCUACAAUGAAGAAUGACCAAGAACUGAGCAUGAAAGAAGUACCAGGUCAACUUUCUUCUAACUUUGUUUCCUGUUUUUUCUUCUCCCUUCCCCUGUCCAACUUGGGCUGUGGAGGUAAUACAGAGGACUACAAGAGUCACAUGAUGACAAAAUUUGCUAUGAAGCUGGACGCACACCAUGGUGUUGACAACUUUGCCUUUGACUGUCCAGAAAUGCAAAUACUGUUUGAUGCUUUUAAUCCAGACCAGAGGGGCUUCCGGCCUCACACUGUGGUUUUGCAUGGGAAAUCAGGAAUUGGGAAAUCAGCUUUGGCCAGAAAGGUCCUGCUGUACUGGGCGCGAGGUGAACUCUACCAGGAAAUGUUCUCCUAUGUCUUCUUCCUCCAUGCCAGAGAAAUGCCGUGGAUGAGGGAGGUCAGUUUUGCAGAGCUAAUUUGCAGGGAGUGGCCACACUCACAGGUUCCGGUGACGGAGAUCAUGUCCCAACCAGAAAGGCUUUUGUUUGUUGUUGAUGGUUUCAAUGACCUGGAAUUUGCCUUCAAAGAUGCUGACUUGGGUCUCUGUGAAGACUGGGGAGACAAGCAACCCAUGUCCGUUCUGAUGCACAGUCUGCUGAAGAAAGUCCUGCUCCCUGAGGCCUCCCUGAUGAUCACCGUCAGAGACACAGGCAUAGAAAAGCUCAAAUCCAUGGUCCUGUCACCCCGUUACCUGUUAGUCAGGGGCAUCUCCGUGGAGAAAAGGGUUCAGUUGCUCCUUAAGCACAUGAAGAAUGAGCAUCAGAAGACAAAAGUCUUGAACUCGGUGGUGGACAACCACCCGCUGUUUAAUGAGUGCCAGGUCCCCAUCUUGGGGUGGCUCACCUGCGAGGCUCUGAAUCUGCAUGAGGCGUCGGGAAAGAGCCUUCCUCCUUCCUGCCAGACCCUCACGGGCUUGUACACCACCUUUCUGUUCCAUCAUCUCACUCCCCGAGACCCAUCCCAGCGCUGUCUCAGCCGGGAAGAGAGAGCCACCUUGAAGAGCCUGUGCCGCAUGGCGGUGCAGGGAGUGUGGAACAUGAAGUUUGUGUUUUACGGAGAUGACCUGAGUGUUCACGGACUCAGGGAGUCCGAGCUCUCUGCUCUGUUUCACAUGAAUGUCCUCCUCCGAGACAAUGGCCACGAAAGGUGCUACACGUUCCUGCACCCCAGCAUCCAGGAGUUCUGUGCUGCCCUGCACUACGUUCUAGAAGGACUGGAAAUGGAGUGGGAUCCCUACCCUGUGUUCAUGGAGAACAUAAGGAGCUUGAUGGAGCUCAGACAAAUCAGCUCCAAUGCUCACUUGCUCCAGAUGAAGCGUUUCUUGUUUGGCCUCAUGAGCAAAGAGGUGAUGGGGACCCUGGAAGUCCUGCUUGGAUGUCCAGUCCCCCUGGUGGUGAGGCAGGGGCUUCUGGGCUGGAUUUCCCUGCUGGGUCAGCAGCCCAGCACCCCCUCCCCUCUGGACUUCCUGGACUCCUUCUACUGUCUUUUUGAGACUCAAGAUGAAGACUUUGUUUGCUUGGCAUUGAACAGCUUCCAAGAAGUGUGGCUUCCAAUGAACCGGAGAAUGGAUGUACUGGUGUCCUCCUUCUGCCUCCCACAUUGCCAGUAUUUGCGGAAACUUCGGAUGGAUGUGCAGGAGAGCCUCUCAAAGGAUGAGUUCACUGAGGCACAGCCCCUGAGUCCCCAAGGGAAGCCGGUGAGGCGCCUUGCUGAUGAGUGGUGGGGAGACCUCUGCUUCGUGCUCAGCACCCACCCGAGCCUGCGGCAGCUCGACCUGAGUGGCAGCAUCCCGAGCGAAGGGGCCAUGAAGACCCUCUGUGCCACGCUGAGGCAGCCAACCUGUAAAAUACAGAAUCUGAUAUUUAAAGGUACACAGGUUACCCUUGGUCUUUGUCAUCUCUGGACGACUCUCAUUUCCAACCGUAAUAUUAAAUACUUGAGCUUGGAAAGCACCCACCUGAGGGAAGAAGAUCUCAUGAUGGCGUGCAAAGCGUUAAGACACCCAAACUGUUUGCUGGAGUCUUUGAGGUUGGAUCACUGUGGAUUAACCCCCACCUGUUGCAUGGUGAUCUCCCAAAUCCUUCUUACGUCCAUCAGCCUAAAAUCUCUGAGCCUGGUAGGAAAUAAGAUGACAGCCCAGGGCAUAAAGCCCCUCUGUCAUGCCCUGAUUGCCUCACAGUGCACCCUGCAGAAGCUGAUACUGGGGAACUGUGGCCUCACAGCUGCCGACUGCCAGGACCUGGCCUCAUGCCUCACCAGCGGCCAGAGUUUGACACACCUGUGCCUGUCCAGCAACAGCCUGGGGAGCGCAGGCAUGAAUCUGUUGUGUCGAGCCAUCAAAUCCCCCAACUGUGGGCUACAGAGGCUGAUACUAAAAGAAUGUAACCUGGAUGUCGCUGGCUGUGGCUUUCUUGCAUUUGCACUUAUGGGCAACAGACAUCUGACACACCUGAGCCUCAGCAUGAACCCCUUGGAAGAUGACGGGGUGAACCUUCUGUGUGAGGUCAUGAUGGAGCCAUCUUGUCGCCUCCAGGACCUGGAACUGGUUAAGUGUCAUCUCACUGCCACCUGCUGCAAGAAUCUGUCCCAGGUGAUCUCAAGGAGCAAAUACCUGAAGAGCCUGGAUCUUGCCGCCAACGCCCUGGGUGAUCAUGGCAUCGUAGAGCUGUGCGAGGGACUAAAGCACAAGAAGGCUUCUCUGAGGAGGCUUGGGUUGGAGGCAUGUGGACUGACUUCAGACUGCUGUGAGGCACUCGCUUCGGCCCUCCUCUGCAGCCAGCGCCUGACCAGCCUAAAUCUGAUGCGGAACAAUUUCAGCCCUGCAGGAAUGAUGAAGUUAUGUCCAGCCUUUGCACAACCCACAUCUAAUCUACAAAUAAUUGGGCUGUGGAAAUGGCAAUAUCCUCCUCAAAUAAGGAAGAUACUGAAGGAGGUGCAGCUACUCAAGCCACACAUUGUAAUUGGGGAUGGUUGGUAUUCUUUUGAUGAAGAUGACCGGUAUUGGUGGAAAAACUGAAGAUGCGAAAACCCUCCCCACCCACACGCAUUCUGAUGGAGGAACAUUGAAAGCUGUGCCCAGGACUUCCCUCUCGGAGAUGGAAUAUGAUUUCUGUUUCUCACAAAGCCCUCACUGGUAGUUAUUCUUGUGUGUCCAAUAUAUCUUGGCUGUUGGAUUUGCCUCUGACAUAGCCUGUGACCUUCAAGUCCUAGGAUUUCUGUAUCUAUGAAAUGUCUGUCCUACUCAGAGCAUAUGGAGAAAAUCAAACAUUGAGAGCAUUUGGGGAAUAAGUACCAUGUGGCCUUGUGCAGUGGAGAUAUGAUCCAGGAGAAGAGUGGGGAAACAGGUCCCCAAAGUGGCCCCCAAAUGUUAGUGAUACAAUUCUGCUGGAGUUAAAAUAAAAUAUUGAAGCACAAUCCAAAAGUCAA